AUGGAAGUUAAACUCAUUUCCAAAGAAAUUAUUAAACCGUCUUCAUCAACACCUCCUCACCUACAAACCUUGAGACUCUGUGUCCUAGACCAAAAUGGUGGCCUAGCUCAUGUGCCAAUCAUCUUAUACUAUCCCAAGAGGGAUGCAAAUUUCAACAUCAAUGAGAAACUGAUUAAUCAACUCAAAGACUCGCUCUCGGAAACACUGACUCUCUUCUACCCUCUUGCCGGAAGAGUCAAAGACGACGGCCUCUCCAUCGACUGCAACGAUGAGGGCAUCUUGUUCUCAACGACCCGUGUCAACUGUGACAUGGCCGAGCUGCUUACUGCACAACCACCCGAUCUUCUUUCUUUACAGCGACUUCUUCCUUAUUAUGUUUUCGUUGAUCCACGCGAUAAGGUAGCUCAAGUUGCUAGUCAACUCAACAUAUUUGCUUGUGGUGGGUUUGUGAUCUCAGGACUCUUUAUGCACAAGAUCAUAGAUGGAGCAACCUUGGGUACCUUCCUUAAAUGUUGGGCAUCCAAUUCCAUUGCAAGAUCAGGAAUAUCAAGAAGCAGCCAUAGUCUUACACCAACAACAUCAGCAUCCUCAUCGACAGUAGCAACAUCAGAAGCAAUAUUAAUGUACCCAGGGGCCUCAAUCUUCUCUUCGAAACAACCUUUGCCUGAUAGUCUCUCAACUUUUUUCUGA